AGUAUUCCUCAGCUGGAUGUCUGCUGUCUCUUCACCACAGCGAGAAGCCAGAGCAUGAAGAAGUGUGUGAGUUUCGUCCGUACACUUGCCCGUGUCCAGGGGCCUCCUGUAAAUGGCAGGGCUCCCUGGAGGAAGUCAUGCCACAUCUCAUGCAUGCCCACAAAUCCAUUACCACCCUGCAGGGUGAGGACAUUGUCUUUCUGGCCACGGACAUCAACCUACCUGGGGCAGUGGACUGGGUCAUGAUGCAAUCGUGUUUCGGCCACCACUUCAUGCUGGUUCUAGAAAAGCAGGAAAAAUACGAAGGACACCAACAGUUCUUCGCCAUCGUGCUGCUCAUUGGCACACGGAAGCAAGCAGAGAACUUUGCCUACCGCCUCGAGUUGAAUGGCAACCGUAGGCGGCUCACGUGGGAGGCCACACCACGUUCAAUCCAUGACGGUGUUGCAGCGGCCAUCAUGAACAGUGACUGUCUUGUUUUUGAUACCUCCAUUGCCCAUCUGUUUGCAGACAAUGGCAACUUGGGUAUCAACGUGACCAUCUCUAUGUGCUGAGGUGGCAGAGUAGGACUUUUUCCUGUAAACCAAAUCUUGGACAGCCUCUGCUCUCUAUUAGACUGCAGAUUCUGAAGACAAUGGUUGGGAGAUGUAUACAUUUGUGUAUAUUUCUGUUCAAGAGUCAUCUGCUAAACCAUUGCACACUUCCCAAUUAAAAUAUAGUGUGCUAGACCGAUGGCUGGAGCUCUUCUGGAGAUGAAGAGGAGAGUGUGGAGGUGUUGGCAAUCAGUUGAAGGAAUUGGUGCAAUGGAGAUUUUCUCUUGCACGCUUCAAGGAUUCAAACACCUCAUCCUUCAGAAAAUAUCUAGGGUAAUGUUCCGGUUGUGGAUUACCACAUUUAUUCCCUGGGAUGCCCCCUGUCCGGCCCAAAAUCCAAUCUUGACUAAUGAAUCUAGUUUAAUGGAAUCAAAAUGCUAACUUGGAAAGAGUCUGGGCAUGGUGUAACAUUUGCCUCAGAAACUUAUAUAUGUAAAAAAAACUGCACUGACUACUGUGGUUUUCCUCCCAGGACAUGGAGUGGAACCAUAGCAAAUGUAUGUGGCAAUGUAAAUGGUAUCUUCUGAAUUUCAUGGUUGUAUGACUAGAUAAAACAGUGCCCAUGGUGAAAAUAAGGUGAGCAUGGUGGAAAUAAAAUUUGGCAAAAGUGACUACAUAGCCGCCAUGUUUGAUAGGCAAGAAUUUGACCUCUUCACUAUUUUCCCCCCAUUGCUUUCCUGUUUCUUUUCAAAAAAUCUAUUCUGUUGGUGUUUCAAUACAGAUGAUGACUACUCUGAAAGUUUAUUUUGGGGUCCUCUGAUAAACCUAUCCAGAGAAAAGCGGAACACUGGUACCAGCAGUAAUCAUGAUCUAAUGUCACAUCACAAAUAUCCCUUGAUAAAUGUAUAUGAUUAUUGUUUGAAGGGAUGUUUGACUUGGAAAUUCUAAAUUAGUUACCCACCCUCAUGCAGGAUGUCUCAGCUGUUCUCUUUCAAUACAUCCUAUAUAUAAGGUUUGUUGAGCUCCUAAAAGCACCAUACAUAUAGCCCAUACAACCUGUGCAGUAUAUUUUAAGUCUUCUGAAGCCAUAUGAUAGCUUUGGGUGACAGCUUAUAAUAGUUUUGCCUUUGUAUUAAACUCUUUGUAUGAAAAAGAGCAGCUUUCACAUUGUGCUGCAUGCCAUAUGGAGCUCAAAAGACAUGAGGGUGAAUGAAUUAUCAAAGAAUUUUCAUUUCCGAGUGACUUAUUACUUUAAAUGGGUGUUCAAACUGUUCUUUUUAGUCUACAUUGUCACCAAUGACUGUAUGUCAAAGAUAUAACCUGCGCACAAACAGCAAUCUGUUGUUUUACUGUUGAUGAAGUGUCAGCAUUUGACUGUUUUUGUUGUCUUUGUACUUUUCUUUCAUUGUUUCACGAUGAUCUGUAAGAUUAAGGAAAGCUUUUGUAAAUAUAAACCGCUUUAGUUUUGUUGGUAUCUGUUGUUAUUGUUAAGUCUCUUUAAAAUGAUCGUUUAGUCUAGACUGAAGGCUUGUUUACUUGGCUUCUUUUAAAGAUCUGAACAGUUUCUCCGUUCUCCCAUUUGGUCAAUGAACCCACAAUGCCUUAUUUGUAUACAAAACUCAAGAGUCUGCUGCCUUUUCGGACUCCGCGUUCAGGUCACUUUGUUCCAAACCUCCAGUGUCUUGAAAGAGACUUGCAUUUUAUACAAAGUGGCAUUAUGUGUGGGAAGGACAUGAGAUGUUCACAGGUUAUCCUACGUUGCCCCCCAAAAACUUGCUGCAGUAACAGUUUCACCAACACCGUUUGAAACCCAGCCUCUUAUCAAAUACCUCUGAUGACUCCGGCGAUGUCUGUGCGAGAAGAGAACUGAUUGUCUUUGAAUGUGGAUGGUUCCGUGAAGAGAUCCCAAAACUGAUGCACAGUUCUCACCCUCAGCUCUUCUUCUUUCUUUGUCUGCUCUCUCUGAAAAAAAUAUUUAAAAUGUAAAUUAAAUGUUUUAUAAAUCUGU